UGUCUGACAACUUUGAAAAACUAAUCUCAUCACAUUCAGUACUUAUUUCUUCACAUUCAGUACCUAUUUCUUUCUGCAAAAGAAAGCCUAGUUGUCAAAAAGAAAGAACAAAAAUGGCAGGUAAUAACUCGUCAUCUUGGAACAAUCAGCUAGACUUUUCAACUUGCUCCGAAGAUGUUUCUUGCGUCGUGAAAACUAGCGCUGUAAGCCUCAUUUCAUGUCUUACCGUUGUGGGCAACCUCAUGAGCUUAGUGACACUCGUUUCCACCAAAUCACUUCGGAACUGUCACGGGUACUUGGUGAUCUCUCUCUCGCUCGCCGAUCUUUUCACCGGUCUUGUAGCGACUACAUCCAUUUACCCGACAAUCUUUAAGAAGUGGCCGCACGGAGAUCUUCUCUGUCUCUUGGUAGCGUCGGUCGAAGCGUCAACAAAGAAGAUAUCACCCCUAACGAUGACCGUGAUGAGUAUCGAGCGAUAUAUCGCGGUAGUGCAUCCCCUCCGCUACAGCCGUAUCGUCACCAAGAAACUGGUCCUGUUCGGCAUCGCCAUCGCCUGGUGCACCCCCGUUGUUGUCUUCAUACCGCUCUUCCUGAAAGAGCAAGUAGCCUACAAGUUUGUCUAUCGACUCAGCUCAUGCACAGCAACUUACAUUGAUCAGGUGGUCUCUGUCUUACUAAACACAAUUAUAUUUGUUUUGCCCAGCAUGGUCACCAUCUGUGUUACUUCUUUUUUAGUUUUGAGGGCCUUCAAACAGAACGCCCGGAUGCGAUCGCUCCUGACUAUGAAGCAUGGGGACCGCGCCACCCAGACGAAGAGGGCCAUCAAGUUUUUCCGGAUGAUUUGCAUCAUGUGUUUUACCUUCUACUUUUGCUGGGCCCCUCACGUCACGGUUGGUUUCGUCAGUAUCGUAGCGAAGAUAAGGGUUCCGUGGGACGUCUACUUCGCGUUGUACUGGCUUCAUUACUCCAACAGCUUAUGGAAUGUGGUCAUCUACUUCGUAAUGAACGACACAUACAGACGCCGUUUUCUGAUCCUUGCUCGAUCUCCAAUUACCGUGUUCGCCCUGCUGUGCCGACGUAAGGUCGACGGUGACCAGAGCCGCGAAAACACGGUGUCCGGAGUGACCAACAGUUCAAUGGCUGUGACUAGCAGUGCAAGUGUGAACAAUCAGAAACAAUAAUCAACUGUUGUAUUAAUCUCUAGCUGCUUUCUCCAGAAGACGAUCAGAGCAUACUGAUCGAAACGUUGAGUCUACGCGUCGGUAUAAUAGAAGUGAUUUUACUGCGUCAUUAAAAAUAGUCUGCAAAUUGUUUUAAAGUGUUUGUAAAUCACGGUAACUAUAUUGCUUUCUGUUGUGCACGUUGCGUCACUUGUUGAUGAUAAUAACUGUAAGGCCCACAAUUCACACUAUUUAUUAUGAAUAAAUGUUACGAUUUAAUGUAUCUCCCGCACUCUUUAAUCUCCCGGGUCAAAAACGACCCGGGUUCCGAGCCCCGGUGAGUCUGACGCAUUUCUGUGUCAGUUUGACCUGGAAUCUGUUUCAAAAUCACAAAAAAAAAAAAAUCAAACUGACAUUAUGCCAUUUUCGAAACUGCGGCUUCGGCUUUGUAAUCGGCUCAGGCUAGCUUGGCUCCUUGGUUGUUAUGAUAAUUUUGCGCGUGCUUUGCGUACGCGCUCAGGGCUUCAGACGAGAGGACGGAGCCUGAAGCCGAAACUAAAGCCGAAGCCGUAGUUUCGAAAAGGGUAAUAGAAUCUGAGACAAAAUCACGUGUUUUUUUUCUCCAGUUUCUGGGUCAACCAGAUGUUGAGGGUCGGUCUUGGCCGAGGUAAACUGUACUCUGGUAACAUCUCAAUACUUAUGAUUUUAUCGACUCUUCCUAAAGGAACACGUUGCCUUGGAUCGGACGAGUUGGUCUAUGAAAAGUG